AUGAACUCGAUCGACACUGAAAACCGAAGUGUGCCUGAUGAGGAAAGCCCACUGCUAUCUCAAUCACCUCAAUCGGAGACCGCCGAGCCAAAAGGCAAGGCCGUAGCGGGAGUAGCCACCAUUAUCGCAGUAUUGCUACUUGGCGAAUUUAUUUCCAAUGCCGAUGCUACUCUGGUCAUGGCAGCAGCAGGGCGUAUAUCCUCCGAAUUCAAUAGACUACGCGAUGCCAGUUGGUUGUCCACUGGGUAUACCCUCGGUCUUUGUGCAGCCCAACCGAUGUACGGCAAAUUGAGCGAUAUCUACGGUCGGAGGCCACUACUGCUUAUUUCCUACUUCCUGUUUGCAGUGGGAUGUAUUCUAAGUGGUGUUGGUUCUCAGAUGUGGAUGGUUGUCCUAGGCCGAGCCAUCAGUGGUAGUGGCGGAGCAGGCAUUAUGACAAUAAGCUCAAUUGUUAUUACAGACAUUGUCCCCAAGCGCGAAGUGGCGAGCUGGAGAGCAUAUGUUAACAUUGCCAUGACCCUUGGUCGCUCUCUCGGUGGUCCUAUAGGUGGAUGGCUGAGUGAUACAGUAGGAUGGCGCUGGCUGUUCAUUCUUCAAGCGCCAUUCCUUGCCCUAGCUGCAGUACUGGUAGUACUAAAGCUGAAUCUCGCAGAAAAGACUGAUCCCAACUCCAAGGAGAGUAAAUUUGGCAAAAUCGACUUUCUGGGAACAUCACUUCUAGGAUCUUCCAUUACGGCCAUGACUCUUCUGCUCGACCAGGGUGGAAAGUCGUUCCCUUGGUAUUCAUGGUGGACCAUCUUACUAGCAAGUGGUGGUAUAUUACUCUUAGUAGGGUUCGUUCUUGUUGAAACCUACGUUGCCCGCGAACCAAUAUUUAAUCUGCGCAUUCUUCGUCGACCAAACGUAUCUGCAGCAUACACUAUCGGAGCCCUUCAGGUUACAGCGCAACUGGGCAUGCUAUUUUCGGUUCCGUUAUAUUUCCAAGUGACCCAGCGAGCAUCGACAACAGCAGCAGGUGUUCAUCUCGUUCCAGCUGUGGUUGGAAAUACCCUAGGCUCACUAGUCGCUGGAUUAUUCAUCAGAAGAACAGGACGGUACAAGAUCUUGCUUAUCGCGGCUGGCAUUGUCGCAUCAAUUUCCUACGUCCUCCUUUUCCUCCGUUGGGAGGGAAACAGCGGCUUCUGGGAGUCUUUGUAUAUCCUGCCAGGUGGUCUCGGAACAGGGAUUGCCUCCGCCUCCGCCUUUGUAGCAAUGACAGCCCUUCUUCCUCCAGAGGAGGUAGCCAUGGCUACUGCAGGAUACAUGCUUCUAGUCGGCUUCUCAAUGACAGCUGGAGUAACGACUUCGAAUUCGGUUCUGGGCAUGGAGUUCCAGCGUGAGCUGCGGAAGAAUCUCCAAGGGCCUGGAUCUGAGAAGGUUGUUAAACGAGCCAUGGCUGAUACGAAUUAUAUUGCCCAUCUUACUGGGAAAAUACGGGAGAUUGUGAUAUCUUCUUAUAUCGGAGGACUUAAGCAUACAUAUCUGGUCUCUCUUGCUUGUUCUUUACUUGCGUCCUUUACCGGGUUAUUCAUCCACCAUCAUCAGCUCUAG